GCCCCAUUGAUUUUCUAGGAGGUGGAAAUAGACAGCAAGCAGAUUUUAUUUAGAUCUCGAACACGCAGACGAAUGAGGCAGCGCAAGAACAACAACCUGUCGUUCAACGACGAGGAGAGCGGCAGCGACGAUGACCACAGCGAUCCCGAGGAUUCCAUCCAAGCGGUUCCUCCGGAAGACGAAAAACCAACCCAAAUGAGCCCUCUCAGGAAACAAAAUCACCAACAACAAGAAGCGGGCAUCGAUGCCAACGGCACGACAAAUCUCCUCCGAGCACGAUGGAAAAUGCAAACCCUUCUGGAAGAACUCCGAACCAACAAGGUCUGGUGGGCCCAGUGCUCGACGAUAAUGGGUUCUGCGUUCCUGACCUAUUCGUACCACAACGCAGGCCUGAGUGCCACAAACGUUCAGAUGGCCAUCAUGACGGUGAUCACGCUGGUGGGCGCCUCUCCCUUUUGCAGUACCCAUCUUACAACGGCCGCCAUUGGUACCUUUGUCGGCGGGCAAAACAUCAUCGGAGCGACCCAAAGCAGCSCAGACCACGACCCGUUCGCGGUGGAAUUCCGGUUCACGAAUUACCUGUGGCUUCUGUGCCUGGGGGGCUGCGUCGGGCUGGUCUGGUGCUUCGGGAUCACCCACCCAAGAAUCAAGCUGCUGGAYGGGUACGCCGGGCGCCUGGGAACCACCACGUUYAUCGGAAUGAACGCGGUGAUGGUGUGCCUCUGGGGUCCCCUGGGAGUCGUGGAUUGGRCCCGCUACUACUAUGGCCUCCGGCACGUGGUUCACGUGGCAGAAGAAGACGAUCUGGCCGCCGCAUCGCUGGCGAGUGCCUGGUCCUGGACGGAGGAGGUCGAGCUGGCCGUGGGAUACGUCCUUUCGGUUCUGUGGAUCGGCGUUGCGGGGGGUGCGACGCGCAUUCUCCACCACCGAUCCGUCCAGCGGUGGCAUCGCCACCAGAGGGAGGCUUUAGCGGCUCGGGAGGGUGGCUUCGAAACCGCACUGCCGCAAACGCCRAAGGAGCCGGCCCCGCUCAACAACGUUUUGGUUCCGGUGUUGUGGGCCCUGUUCAGCAAUCUCGUCGUCAAUGCCACCGGCUACASGCAUUCCUAUGGUCUGUACAAUGGAUUUGCGGUGGGAGCCUACGUAGCAAUGGCAUCGCUGCAAAAGAUUCCCACCGUUGCGGCCUUYGCUACCGUUUCGCUCGUUGCAGCCCUCUGGGGAUUGGCUCUGACCCCGUUGUUUGUCGGAUUCGCCGGCAAGUCGGGGUUUACCUCGAUGAUGGGGCACGUGACACACGAGGCCCUCGUGAAAAUACUGAAGCGGGCACGAACGAAGCUCCUCAGGCAGCAGAGGAUGCUGGACGAGGAAGAACGGCAGCGGCAACAGAGACUGAGAGAGGAGGAGGAGCGGUUGCAGCAACGCGAACGCGAGGAGGAGCGCCGGCGCUUGCAAGAAGAGCAAGCAGCGGCAGAAGAAGAAGCAAAACGGUCCGGUUCKGUCCACGAGCCGUACCAUCCACCAGCCAAACCAUCGAGGCAGAAGAAGAAGGAGCUGGUCUUCUCCACAAAGCAACAAAGGAGACAGCAACAGCGGAUUUUGCAGCAGCAACGACAGCAACAAAAACAAAGGCAGGAGCAACAGCCCAAAUUUCCGCAGGAACAAACCCAUGAACCGACCCGCCCUCUCCGCCACCGKGCAUGGAUUGCCACCCCGGCCGACGGCGACGGAAAGUGGGAGUGGGACCGGGAAUURCAGGAUUCUUCUCCCCAUCUCUCGAAAAACAACAUCGUGUAGUCCUAGUCACACAAAAGUCAUGCUUUACAAAAAUAAAAAAAGAGCUACCGA